AAAAACCCCUCGACUAGAUCCCUGACUGAGUCAAGAUGUUGACCCGCCUGAACAUGGCAGACAUCGUCCCCCUCAACUCGAGGGUGGUAGCCACCCCAGCCGCCCCCAAGCAGCCCGCCGCGACGACCCCAACCGAGCCGCAGGUCGUCGAGUACCGGGAAAAGCCGUUUAUCUUCGUGUGCUCGCACCAGGAGCUGUACCUGGACAAGAAGCGGCGUCUGCUGUCCGAGGACGUGAUCUUGAAGAAGAUCCACGCGGCCUUCGAGGCCUCAGGUAUCCCCUGGAUCCGGGCGAUCCAGUUCGACAAGGUGCAGCGCGUCCAGCCGCCCAAGGAGAAGACCUUCGAUCCGCCGCGCCGGCUGCGGCUGGACGUGAAGACCUGGCGCGAUCGGGCCAACCUGUACAAGAAGGACGCGUGCCAGCGCGACUGGCUGCGGCUGCUCGAGGAGCAGCAGCCGUACGGGGCGAAUAUUGAGGCCACGGAGCUGCGGCCCCGGCCUCUGAGGGCGAAAAUGUCCGGGAAGAGGGGGGGGAGGAAGGGUGGGCAGAAGGCUCAGCAGGAGACUCAGCAAAAGCCUGAGCAGAAGGCUCAGACCACUCAGCAGAAGGCUGAGCAGAAGCCUCAGCAGAAGUAG